AUGAACAGUGACACUGUGCAAGAACGAUUUGCUAACUGGCUUUUAGUACAUCGUAUCGCCUACAAAGUGUCAAUCACUGAUUCGUUGCCAUACGAUGCUGACAUGUACACAGAGAUAAAUGAUCUCAACAAUGUUGGAGUUUACCAGAAAAAGAAGAUAAGGCAUUAUUAUUUAGACAAAAGGUUUCCUGAUCCCACAUGCUUCCUUCCAUCCGCUGCAUUUUACCGAAUUAAGGCCUUUUAUAAUGAUCUGGAAACAUUCUCAAUAAAUAAGGACCUAACAGUAACAACCGAUCAUGGUGAACCGUUACUGGAAUACAUCCGAACUGAAGGUAUGGGUGAUUUUGAACCAGUGUGGUCUGAUACAAGAAUACAGGACCCAGCAACCAUGUUCUUACCUAAUAAUCAAAAACUAGUUGUUGAGAAAGUUGAACGUCAUAAUAUACCAUACAGAUUAUCCGAUUCAAGGACCCCAUUACUCAAUUUUAAUAAUAAUUUGUUAUGUACAUAUGGGGAAUGGGUUAUUGUAGUAGUUGGUUCCAAAAUUCUUAGGUUUAAGAUGGAUGAUGAUAUUGACGGAGAUGUCACGGAGACUAAUAAAUCAUUUGAUUUGUUUGAUCUAUUAUCUUUAGAUCUUCCAUCUGGUAUCUCAGUUGGAGACUUCAUAGAACAUGAUAUUUUCACAAAAACAGACUUGCUACGUGUAAAUUUUAUGAAGGUUUGUAAAUUUCAAUCGCUGGAUGUUCUUUGCUUUUGUACAGAAGUUGGCAUCGUAAUUAUUAUCGACUUGCCACAUUGGAUACUACACAGCAGUGACUUAUUGGUAACGUGUGGCUAUAAAGUUUGCGAGGAUGCUACUCCUUAUUCUAAAUACGCAGCCCUCCCGAUUGCCAUACUGGAUGUGACGCAUGGUGCUUGGAGUUUAGAUAUUAUCCAAUUAAGUUCAGAAGUAUCUAUUGUAGCGAUUGGUCAUAAUGGUCCCGGGAUAUCUAUCUUUAGAUUUGAAGGUGCAUAUGUAGAAAGCUCAGGUACUUUAUCGACACCGCAUAAUGUUCCUUGCCUUAAUUUUAUACAAGACUCGCUAGAUUUGCAAGGGUAUGUCACAUUAACGUAUGUUACUGUGAAAGGUUCUAUCAGUGUAAUAAAGGUCAGAUUCACCCAAGAAAAGCUGGAUGUGAUUCAUUUGGAUACGCAACUGGUUGAUGAAAUGGUUUGGACUGUAACUCCAUUAAGGAGAUCUGAUUUCUUGCCCGUACCGACGUUUGAAUUGUUAAAUCUGAACUUCAAAGAAUUUUUUAAACAGUCCAUCCUUUCAUCAGUAAUAAUGGAUACAAUGGUUUUAAAUGGGGAGUUACCAAAUCCUAGUAUAUCUAAUCGCUUAGGUCCUGGGACAUUAACAACUCAGAUCCCAGUUCCGACUUCGAAUUUAACAUGGAGAUGUAUCGGCGGAAUGCCAGAUACACAUGUAAACUUAAGAUUUACCACAUUUGAUAUAUAUGGACAAAUAGACUCUGCAACAUUGAUAAAGGGUGAUCAUGAGGGGUUUGAUUGGUUGGUAUUAAACGAACGUACUGAGCUAAGAUCAAAAGAACGUGUAGAAUUGGAUGAGAGAAUUAACCCCAUCAAUCACUAUUAUUUAGGAAAUACUUCAAAAGAAAGUUGUAAUUGUUUCAGUGGGACUGAUACUCAAAGAUAUGAAAAACUAUGGAAUGGUGGCUUCUUAAUCAAACCUUGCUCAAGACCUAAGUCUAGCUCUAGUACCGCCCUCAGUUUAAGGUCAGAGACACCCAUAAACAAUACUAAUUUUAAAUUUGCAUAUUUUCCUUUCCAAGCAGAGGAAGAUGAUUUGGAGAGCUACUAUCCUCAAAGAAAAUUUAAAGAUAUGACAUAUGAAUGGAAAGUUAGGAGACAGAAUAGCCGGCAUGAGUGGUCAGUAUUUCACAGGUUAGAUGAUCCCACAGUUAAGAAGCCUGCUGAACCUGCAAUGGCACAAAAAACGUUAUCACCCUUUUCGUUAGGUAUGGAGCCCCUUUCUAGGAAAGGAUUCGAUAAUGAUGGUGCAUUGGCAAGUAAAGAAAGGUCAGUUUCUAUUAGCAACGAAUAUAUGGACGCAGCUCCGUUUAGGACAACAAUUUCUGCUGGCACCACUGACAGCCAUUUUGAUAACAAUGAAGAUAAUGGCUUGAAUCGUAGAUUAGAGUAUGCCCAUGAGCAACAAGGUCAAUGGUUUCUUCAUAACCACGUCUCUAAAGUAAGAAAAUUAAUGAAAUAUAUGAAUUUGAAAAAGGAAGAUCUAGUAACACAAGAAAAUAAUGAGAAAAAAGUGAUUGAUUCAAUAGACGAUAACGAUAUAUUAUUAGUUACCACAGAAUCACGUAUACUUUUAAUGAAAUUGUUUCCAUUAAUAAUAACAUCCUUCACAAUGGACGAAAUUUUCCCACUUGAGGACGUUACUGUAUGCAUUCCCCAUUCAUUCAUGGACUCCAUUAAUAGGAUCAAUUUUGUCUGUUUUAUUAAGGAACUGAAUUGUAUUGUUGCGGCUUCCCAAUUAGGCCUAGUAUCAUUAUUAAGAUUAACAGAAUACAAAGGUAUCCUGUCAUUUAGACAAGAAUAUAUACUAGGGUGGCAAUCACAAGACCCACAGCGGCCAAUUGAUGAUAGAGAUGAAUGUAUCAAGGAUACUAUGAAAGGUCGUCAUGGAGACGGUAUUACUUGUGGAGUUGAUGAUGUUGCGUUCCGGUUAUUUAAUAUUAUCGGUAUGGAUUAUACUUAUAAGCCUUAUGAUAGAAGAAACAAAACUGGUGGUUAUGCUAUCUUAUUUUUGAAUUCUCAUGGAGAACUGCAUCGGUACAAAAUAUCACCAGGAGAUUCUCGUUAUCAUGUAUGA